UUUGCAAAGGCAUACUAGAAAAUCUAUCUAUGAUUAUCAGAGCGUAGUUGAAAGCAACGACUGAAAUCGAGAGGGAGACGAAAAGUUUUGAUCGAGAGAGAUGGGAAAGGAGAGUAGCAAAGAUACGGUUCCGGUGACGCAGUGGCUGAAUCGAAUGGUCUCAGAACCUUACUACCUCUUCCAUUUCUUAACCUUCUUCUCCUAUUUCGUCGUUCGCAGCUCCGCAACCCAAAACUUAGCGCCUCAUCUCACUCACCAUCUCCUUCGUCGCGAAAUACAAACACUGCUAGUGUUCGCGAUAUUGGCUUUCAUCAAGGGAAUAAAAGAAGAAACAUGGGAAGCCUUUAUAGCUGAUGUGCUUUUCCUGGCCAAGAUUUGUCUUUUUCUCCUAGCCUUUACAAUGGAUCGCCGCUUAGCCGUUUGGUAUAUUCUUGUAUUUUUAGUGAUACAUAUGUUAACACAACAACCUCCAUUCCAAGGACUAGGUAUGUCUAGCAAGCUAACACCGUUGCAGUUGGAAAGCCUGCUGACAGAGGGAACAACUACAAGAUUGUGGCUGGUGGAAUUCCGUUCUUCAUAUUCACCUGCUUGCAUUCGCUCAAGUCAGCAGUUUCCUGAGCUCUCAAUUACAUAUUCAAGCAAAAAUUUAUCAUUUGGAAUAGUUGAUCUUGGUCUCUUUCCCAAUGCUGCUGAAAGAUUUGGAAUAUCUCUAAGUGGAAGCAUGGGCCAGCUUCCAACAUUUAUCUUAUUUGAGAAUGCAGCUGAAGUUGCCCGCUUUCCUGAGUUGGAUUUUGAAGCUGCAUAUUUUCACCCUAAAAUUACAAAGGGGCUUCUUUCUCGACAUUUUGAGCUUGAUCGGCACCUUCUCGAAUAUGUUAGUGGUAAAUAGUAGGAUGUUAGUGGAGCAAGUUGUCCGAAAUUUAGUCAUCACUGAGAAUGGCAAUUUUGGAUUUCCGGAUAUCUGAGGAGGACAUUUUCGUAAAUGAACUUUGAAAGUUAACGUUUGUUUAACACCAUCACACAAGGGUCAAAGUAAUGUCUUCAGACAACGGGGGUGUAUGUGUAAUUAGAUUAAAUCUCAAUAGGUGUUAUUAUAAUUUGUUCUUUAUUUUAUAAUCUAUCAUCGGUUCUAAGUGAAAGUCAAAAAAUUUGGCGAGAGAAUUCAAAUUUUAGUUGAAAUUAUGUUGUCAUAAAUUUCUUUUAAAUUGUCUGAAUAUAAUGUCUGACGUUUCUUUUUAUGGUAUAAAAAAUAAAUUUUGGAAAA